AUGAAGGUUGAAGAACAUCAUGAGAGAGUGGCCAGAUCAGCAUUGAGUGGCAGUGAGGAAACGGGCCUGCGGACCUUGCUGACCGAAGUGAGAGAUACCCUUGCCAACCGUAACCAAAACCCAAUAGCCCCGCAGCAGCCCGCUCCAGGUAUUACCAUUCAGGAACCCCCUCCUCCCAUGAACGACCCACAGGCCAAUCCUGCAGCAGGCCCGGCCACCAUUAACCUGGUCAUCUCUACCCAGCCACAGCAGCCAGAGCCACUGCCACAGCCGGACAUCCUACAGAGACCGCAACAGGACCAACCAAUUACCCAUCUGUUUCAGGCCACGAGCGAUCCCAACACCUUGGUUGUUGGACCAUGUGGACAAAAUCAGCCAAAUGCCCAGGCUACGCCAUGCUAUCUUCCCUAUGGUCUGCAGCAACCAGGACUUGGACCAUAUUCCCAGUACUAUCCUUAUCCUACAUACCCCUCUUCUCCAUUCGGCUCUUUCAUGAAUCCUUUAAAUUCCCCAACUUUCCUCAACACUGGAGGAGCUGGGUACAAUUAUGGUGUUUCUCCCAUAAAUCCACAGGUUAACCCCUACAACCCCUAUAGCCAAUUUAAACCCUAUGCUGGGCAUAAUCAGGGCAUGACCCCAAAUCUGAGCAUAACCCCCCCGAUCAUUUUUAGAGAGGGUCCAGCAAGAGCCCAAUAA